UAACCAUACACAACUACAGCUCUAGAGUAGAACAAACAAGCAAAGGUUUUUACUAUGCAGAGAUGAAUGAAGUUGGUCAUUGUUAGCAGGUCAGCCAAAAGGUGGAAUUGUGCUUAGGGGAAAAAAAACGUGUGAUUUUAUAGUUGGUUUUGGCAUUCCAAAGGUUUAUUUAAAUUACAAUGGAGGAGCUAAAAAACAGGAAGGGGUCAGACCCUGUGGACCAUUUGCUAAACUUGAUUCAGCUGAAAAACCAUUCACUAAAACCGCUUCUUCAAGAAGAUGAGAAACAUGGCCAUACCAAUGACAUUAAAACAAGCCUGCAGGAGUUGGUAGCCCUGGUUAAAGAUGUGAACUGUUACUUUUCUGAGAAAGUGGUGACUGCUGAAGAGACACUGCAAGUUACAUGUGAAAUAUUGUCUGCAGUACUUUGCAAGCAAAGUCCAAGUGAUAACAAGAAAUAUGAGACAGAAAGUUCAUUUGAGGAUCACUUAAAGAAAAUCCAGAAUUUAUUAAAUGCUGUUGUUGGUGAUCUAAACACUACAAAGAACAGCCUGUAUGAGAUGAAAUGUAAGGUAGAUACUGCUGACGUCCUAAACUGUCCUGAAUUGAGUUUACCAUUUGCUUAUGUUGAUUCAAAUCAAAACCCUGACAUUAUUCAGAAUGCAUCGCAAACAGAAUGCCGUCAUGGACAGGGUGAUCAUUCUCAGCAUAUCUCUUCUAACCAUGAAGAGUUACAACAAUUGGGCACAACCUGUUUAAUGUCAGAAGGGGAAGAAAGUACGUCAGUGCAAUCUUUAAGUGAAUCUGAUCACGAAAAAGAGAAAGGAAAGACUAUGGCAACCUUGCAGCUGGAAAGCUCCAAUAAAAACUGGAACCCACAAAUGGGAGAAUCAAAGCAAAAGGAAGACAGCAACACAGCAGAUGAUGUUAGGAAUGUUGACCUGGCAGUGAAAGACAGCAGUCCAAGCAAAAAUGGCAUUGAUCCACUGACAAAAACUGACACUUUGAAUGGUAAGAAAGAAUCUGAAAAAUACCAUGAAAAGGAAAAAAAAGAGAGUCAAGACCCAAGAGGAUGGUCCAAAAGAGCGCUUCUGGCAGAAUUAGAAGACAGCAGUGAUUUACAAAAUGUCUGCUACGUUACAGCACCUUAUAUUGUUGUACAGAAAUUGACCUGUAGAAUUGUGAAUAACAUGAGUUCAUUAGUUGUGUCAGACUCUGAAGAACUGGUAAGCAACGUUAUCAGCAUUCAGUGUUGUGACUCCAGGAUAAAAAUACCCUUUCCAAUCACCAUUGCCAUACCAUUUAGUGCUCGGUACAGGGGAAGUUCUCGUGAUAUCUUGGUGAAGGUAUUUGAAGAUGAGUUACAUUCAAGCUACAUAAAUCCUGUCUCCUUGGAGGGAACCCACGACGGGCAAAAGGGUUCAUUUGCAGAGAUUAGAGUCUACAAGCUUGGUGUGUUUUCAGUGGUCUCAUGCUUACGCAAAGAAAACUUCACUGUUCCCAGAAAAGGACUGUCAAUAAAGCUAAGCAUGGAUACAAGAAUUUCACUAGACUAUCUGCCAGCAACUUUUAAUGUACCCAUUAUUGUGCAGUCAAUGGUCCAGCCAGUUGAUGCAACAGUUCUGUCUACACUGAAGUCAAAGAGUGAUGCAUACCAUUCCAUUGUGUCUACCAGUCCAUUAGUUCAUAUUGUACAUCCCUCACCGCAGCCAUUUCGGAAGUCUGUCACGUUUACUCUUCCCUGUCCCCCAAACCCAGACCAGAAGAAGCAAGGAGAUGAUACAGACCAUGCAAGACCAGGAAGUGCUGCAGUUCCUAAAAGCACUCCUAUUCUUCGCACAAGGGCAGUGAGUGCCUCUGUAAAGAAGUCCAGAGAGACAGCUAAUGAAUACUUGAUAUUACUUGGGUAUAAGUCCAAAGAAGAGCAGUGGGUUAUCAUGGAGGAUGUUACAGUAAGGAAUAUCCUGAAUGGACUUGUUGCUUUUGAGCUGUCAGAACAUAUAGAAAGAUUGAUUGUUUUUCGAAUGACUUCUUCUGUGAAAAAUUCAUUCCUGAUUACUCUCAUCAAUGAUCUUGAAGAAUCCAUGUGUCACACCAUGGUUAAUGUUGUGUUAUAUCGUAAAAAAGAGAAGCCAAGCAAUGCUGUGGUUGUGGUAGUGCCCUAUAAAGAAUUAAGCUGGGAGUUGAUGAAACUACGUGAGGAAGGAUACUGUAGCCCACCAGAUCCAUCUGAUGAGCUCUCAAUGCGAGAAGGAGAACAACUUAUACUAAGGUUUAGUGGAAAUAUCUCUUCCUCAGGAAAUGGCAACCGUGAUUCCCAGUUUCAAAAGCUCACUUUCCACUCCCAGAGGAAGAACAGACUCGAACUAUGUCUAAAGGAGGUAGAUGAGUUUGGUAACUACUGCUCGCCUUAUUACAAGGGCACAGCAAUAUUUUAUAAAUUAACAAAGGAUCAGAUAGCCACGACUACCUCUGACUUUGCUCGACAAGACCCUGUGUGCAAGCUGCCAUUAACCCUACCAAAGCGAGAGAGAGUGAUCAGUAGACCAGCAAGUGCCAAAGUAGUCUCCUCUGACCUAUCAGAGUCCCUCUCUGAUGCCUUGUUGUGCUGGUUAUCAGAUGAGCUCUCCGAGGAGGACGCUGCACGGCUUGUGUUGUCACUUCGAAUUCGCCGGAGUUCCAUCCAGCUUGUCAAACUCAGAGUCCCAGAGAAUCUGAGCGAUCAGAUUUAUGAACUUCUUGUCAUGUGGAGAAAAAGCCUUCCAACAUCUGUUGACAAAAUCAAUCUGCUGUCUCACUAUCUUUGCAAAUGCGGUAGAAAUGAUCUUGCAAAAGAUCUUCGGUUACAAAAGAGAAUUACCAGUAAUAAUAAUGAGCAAGGAGAAUGAUUGUGAUCUGGUUUAAUACAGUCCCCUGUUCCUUAAAUGGAAGCGACAAGGGUAAAAUAAAAAUACUCAGCUAAAAUAACCACAAAUCAGCAACUUUGAUUUUUAACCUGCAAACAGUAAAUAUAUUGUAUAAAGUGAGCAAUUUUUUUAAAAAUAUUUUAUUACCAAUAUGUAGUACCAAACUAAGGUAAAUCAUUCAGUUUUGAAAAAAAUAAUUUUCAUAUAGAGGCAAGUCCAGUUGCCAAACUAAGGGUUGAUCUAAACCAGGAAUUGAGUACAUGUGCAAUUGCAAUAUUAUUUUUUUAGAUAUAGUAUAGUACUAAGGAUCCAUUCAAUUGACUGUAUUCAUUUGUUGAUUAGCUGCUAUAUUUUAAAACUGGACUGUAAAUUGACACGUUGAGUGAAAGCUAAAAAAUAAUGCAAUAACCAUGUUUGUACACAUGAUGGCAUCCAAAUGCCACUGUAUUUUUCAAUGAAGUAUUCAAGAUACAGAAUUAACUGAAUAAAGACAUAACAUAAAUGAC